GACGAUCAUUGCCUGUUGUCGGCUUCCGCGGAUCAGACGGCACGUAUCUGGGAUGUUCACAAUCAGAUCGUGCAGCACAUCGAGAUGCUGCCGCAUCCUUCGUAUGUUUAUUGCGCCAAGUACGGUCCCGACAAUGCGACGAUCAUAGCAACUGGAUGUUACGAUCGAGUAGUUCGCAUCUGGGCGAACGACAGGAGGUCAAGGAAGCGAGAACUGAAUCAGGAAUUAGAAGGUCACGAGGGUUUCGUCAAUUCCAUGGUCUUUCAGAAGAAUGAGAUAAUAGGAUGCCGUCAAAGAGGAUGGGAUGCAUCUCAAAGAAGAUAAAAAUUCGCGAGAUCGAAGGUGUCAUUAUCAACACGAUCGUUCUGCAUCCCCUCGAAUCCAGGCUCCUUGUGCAUUCGAGAGACAACGGCCUGCGAAUGCUGGACCUUGCGACCGGAGUGGUGUUACAAAAGUAUAAACGAUUGAACAAUCAAAGGCACGUUGGACGAAUACUAUGCAUUCUUCGUACUUACUCGCGUUUUCAAGCAUCGCGACUAACUUUCUUUAUAUAUCCUGUACAACCUACGAGGACAAUUUAGCAUUAUCGAAUCUCUUUUCUUUCUCUGUCACGCUCUGCCUACUUUCCUUAACUUCUUGGUAUUUUUUGGCAUAUUAAUUUCUUUCUUUCAUCUUAUUUAUCUCCCCAGGUAGCCAGUAUAUUCAAGCAAUGUAUGGAAAUAAAAUGCCAGCAACUGAUGCUAGCUUCCUAGCUCUUCGCUAGGAAUAUGAAUUCAAUGUUUGAGUGACUUAAGUACAGCUAGCAUAAUGUUAAUAUAUGUAUUGUCGUAGUUGAGUGCACAGCUAGAGAGAGAACACAUUGAAUGGGCAUACUCUUAACAAAGAGUUAGCAUACGUUAUUUUCAAUUUUCUAACAGAUAUAAACUUGGUAUAUCUAUUACAUCUGGUCAAGCACUUAAUGGUAGCAUAAUGUGAGAUCAUGCAAAUGUAUUAUUUCCGACAUCAAAUGUUAGCAAACAACAGCACAAUAGACGACAUAAAUGCAUAGCAAGAUGCUAAUAUUUUUGUGCAAUACAAAAGCAACUUGUGCACACUGGCUAUCUGGGUCUUUUCAUUUUUACUUCAUCUUCUUUCAACAUAUGCUCCAAUGUUAUUUUAAUUUAAAUUCAUUGUUCACUGUAUAACCCAGUAUUUUC